ACGAAAAAUGGGCAGCAAAAACCACCUCAAAGACUUAAUGGAAGACCAAACUACCUCUCUCUUUUCCCCUCUUCUUCCAGCCAAUACCUGCAUACCUUGACAUGAAGAGCCCUGAACUUCUAUCCUCCGAUCCCCUGCUGAGGAGACUCAGAAGGAGAGGAUUUUGGUAACACGGGCCCAAGGAAAUACCCCAUGGAUGAAGACAUGAAUCUCUGCUUCCAAUCUCCUCCCUUCUUUGAAUGGCUCAAGCUACCUUCCUCCUCCUCCUCCUCCUCCUCUCCACCCCUAGCACAAGAAUGCUUGCCACUUUUGAGUAGUCUUGAAGGGGCUAAGAAGCCCAUCAAGGAAGAAGAGGACUUUGUUGGGAAGGAUGUCAGUCAAGAAAUGGUCACCGUGGCCUUGAACAUUGGAUUGCCGGGUGCAUCAAGAGAGGUUGAUGGGGAGACCAAGCCUUUGAACUGUAAGAAAGAAGAAGAGGAGAUGGAGAGCUUACAGGACGGCAAGUCGGGAGGUUCAUCAAAAAGGUUUUGGAUCCCCACACCAGCUCAGAUCCUCAUGGGGCCGGUCCAGUUCUCUUGCACUGUUUGCAAUAAGAGCUUCAACCGAUACAACAAUAUGCAGAUGCAUAUGUGGGGGCAUGGAUCAGAAUAUAGAAAGGGAGCAGAAUCUCUGAAAGGCACACAACGGAUUGCAAUGCUCCAGCUUCCAUGCUACUGUUGUGCUCACGGGUGCAAGAACAACAUUCAUCAUCCCCAAGCAAAACCAUUAAAGGACUUCAAAACCCUUCGGACUCACUAUAAGAGGAAGCAUGGAUUGAAGCCCUUCGAGUGUAGAAAGUGCAGCAAGCCAUUUGCGGUGAGAGGAGAUUGGAGGACCCAUGAGAAGAACUGUGGCAUGCUGUGGUUUUGUACCUGUGGGUCAAAUUUCAAACACAAGCGUUCGCUCAACGAUCAUAUAAGAUCAUCCGGUGGGGGUCACUCUCAUUACCUUCCUCAGAAGACUCCUGAGGUAGAGAAGGAAUGUAUCAUCAGCUUCGGCAAUGAAGUGGUCACAGGAAAAUCCUUGUUUCCACUACAUUAAAUUAACAUGAGCGGUUGAAGUUAUUAGGCUAAUCCAAUCUUCUGCACGGUAACAAAAAGCUCUUGGGUUCUCUUUGCUUUAGAAGGCGCAAGACGGGAGUCGUUCGUUGGGGAGACUAGAAUAACGAUGGGCACUGGUAUCCUUUUAUAAAAUUUAGGUGGCUUGGUUAAUUAAUGCAGCAAAUAAAAGAGAGAUUACCUCUGUAAAAACUGUGAAGUAGCUGAAUUUUCUUCUGUGUCAUAAAACUCCAUUAUGGUAGCAAAAACAAACUCAGCUGUAAUUCUUUGUAUGGGAGAAAAUUUCCCAACUUCACAGACUCUUUGGGUGAUUAUAAUAAUGAACUUUUUUCAUUCUGCUGAGUGUAAGAGCAAUUUUAUGAAUUAUUUUGUGGUACCAUUUUUUUUUUUCAUAGUAUAUUCUUUUUUGUUGCCAUAUAAAUCAGUUCUCUAACUAUAAUAUCGACUGUGAGUAGGGUUCAUGGACUUAUUACGUUAAGAAUAUGAAAACUCAAA